UGGUUGGGGAAGGGUUUUGCUUUUAUGCUCUGUAUUUGGAAGGCAGAUAAAAUGCCAGGUCUGGACUGCCUCUAGGGAUAACCUUCCCCUUUAGGAUGUGAAGGAGUAACAUCUUGGCUGGAGAAUCCACAGAAAAUUGAUAAGGCAGGCUCUGUUCUUCAGCAUAGGCCUUUUCUACCUUUUGACCCAGCUGUGGUUUUGUAGCAAUUUUGCUUUUGUCCUGAAAGAGGUGCUUUGGAUUAUCAGAGCUCCAUGUACGACAAUUUGUACCUGCAUGGAUUUGAAGAUUCGGAGGCGGAAGAAUAAUGUGAUGUGUUACCCAAGAUGGUGUGAACAGAGCUUCAAGCCAAUGGAGAAGACUAGGCCUAAAUAGCUGUGCCGAUGAAGUGAAAAAUACAGCCACACCUGGAGUAUUCACAUCCUCAGCAGUCAUUCUCAGUGCAAAUGCAUUUAUGGCUGGUUCAGCGGAUUCCUAUACAAGUAGACCAUCUGAUUCAGAUGUAUCGUUGGAAGAGGAUAGAGAAGCAAUUCGUCAAGAAAGAGAACAACAAGCAGCUAUUCAACUUGAAAGGGCAAAGUCAAAACCUGUAGCAUUUGCAGUGAAAACGAAUGUGAGUUAUUGUGGAGCUCUAGAUGAAGAUGUCCCUGUUCCAAGCACUGCCAUCUCCUUUGAUGCCAAGGACUUUCUGCACAUAAAAGAGAAAUAUAACAAUGAUUGGUGGAUAGGACGGCUGGUUAAAGAGGGCUGUGAAAUUGGCUUCAUUCCAAGUCCACUUAGACUGGAGAAUAUCCGAAUCCAGCAAGAGCAGAAAAGAGGACGUUUUCAUGGAGGGAAAUCAGGUGGAAAUUCUUCUUCAAGUCUUGGAGAAAUGGUGUCAGGAACAUUUCGAGCAACACCCACAUCAACUGCAAAACAGAAGCAAAAAGUGACGGAGCACAUCCCACCUUAUGAUGUUGUGCCAUCCAUGAGGCCUGUUGUGUUAGUGGGGCCAUCACUGAAAGGUUAUGAGGUGACAGACAUGAUGCAGAAAGCCCUUUUUGACUUCUUGAAGCACAGGUUUGAUGGGAGGAUAUCCAUUACGAGAGUGACAGCUGACAUUUCUCUUGCUAAGAGGUCUGUCCUAAAUAAUCCCAGCAAGAGGGCAAUAAUCGAGCGGUCAAACACACGAUCCAGCUUAGCUGAGGUACAAAGUGAAAUUGAAAGAAUCUUUGAGUUGGCAAGAUCUUUGCAACUUGUUGUCCUUGAUGCAGAUACUAUCAACCAUCCAGCACAACUUAUAAAGACUUCCUUAGCACCAAUUAUUGUCCAUGUUAAAGUUUCAUCUCCAAAGGUUUUGCAACGGCUGAUUAAGUCUAGAGGAAAGUCCCAAAGUAAACACUUAAAUGUCCAAUUGGUGGCAGCUGAUAAACUUGCACAAUGUCCCCCUGAAAUGUUUGAUGUUAUUCUGGAUGAAAAUCAGCUUGAGGAUGCAUGUGAACAUUUGGCAGAAUACCUUGAGGCAUAUUGGCGUGCUACACAUACAACAAGUAGCACCCCCAUGACACCCCUACUUGGAAGGAAUUUGGGCUCUACAGCACUUUCACCAUACCCCACUGCAAUCUCUGGAUUACAGAGCCAGCGCAUGAGGCACAGCAACCACUCUACUGAGAACUCUCCAAUUGAAAGACGAAGUCUGAUGGCCUCUGAUGAAAAUUAUCACAAUGAAAGGGCCCGGAAGAGUAGGAACCGCUUGUCUUCCAGUUCCCAACACAGCCGAGAUCAUUACCCUCUUGUGGAAGAAGAGUACUCUGACUCAUAUCAGGACACUUAUAAACCCCAUAGGAAUCGAGGAUCACCUGGGGGAUAUAGCCAUGAUUCUCGACAUAGGCUUUGAGUUUGAGAACACGUGGGGGGUGGGGGGAGAAUAGUAUUCAUCAGUUGACAAUUUGCCAUAACAUAACUAGGACAAACUAAUCAUCUUAACUUGGCAGGUCAAGCACAGUUUUUGCUGUGUUUAUCAGCUGCUGUCAUUUGAUGGUAGAUAAAGGGCAAAAAAAAAAAAAAAAAAAGUACAUCAAGCCCUAAUGUUAGAGGGAAAUUAGAUGCCCAAUCAUAUAGUUGUUGUUUUUUUUUUCUUUUGUUCUUUUUUUUUAAUGUAACAUAAAACUACCUUUUUUUUUUAAUGUAACAUUAUAACUAUCUUUUUCUUCAUUAGGUGUUAGACACAUCAGUUUGUAAUUUAGGGUACUUAUCAAGGCACAUAUAAAAUAAUUUCCUGUGCUGGAAAUUCCAAAUGACCAGUUCCAGUUGGAACCAAUUUAUAAACCAAUUCCUGUUGGAAUUUGGGAGAAUCGACUAGAAAGUCUACUUGAGCAUGUUGCAAUCAAUUGAAAAUUUAAAAAAAAAAAAAAACAACUAAUAAAUAACAAAACCACAAUGUUCAAUACAAGCCAAAAAAUAGCUACAGUAUUUGUUUGCUGGGAGCUAAAUUUACACUUAAGGUUGAAAUACAUAAACAUUUUAUUAUGUGUUAACAUUUCUUGAAUGGCAUUUUCAGAUUUAACCAAAUAUAAAAUGUUGAUAGUGCCAAAAAUCUCAUAUUAAUACAGCAGUUACACAGUAUUUAAUUUUUUGUUUUGUUUUGUUUUCCUGGCAUGGCUGUUGCCAUCAAAGUAUUUUUCUUUAUGUUUAGUCACUACCUUAAUUCUAUAGAAGUUGUCAAUGAAAACUGGUAUUUUUACAGCAGUGGGAAAGAGAAUGGCAUUAACAAAACAAAGUAUUACUGGUAUUGUGAAAUAUAAGAUGGAGUGUUGUCCUCCCUUUGAUCAAUCUGAGCACAAAUACACAUGCCCAGGAAUAUAAUGUGAGCUAGGAAAAAAUGUGACAUUCUCUCAUUUGCACUUUCUUCUAGGUGGGAAUUGAUCCAUUCCAGUAAUCACAAACAUAAAUUCAGUACUUACCUGCCAGCACAAUUGAGUACCUUUCCACUGCAUCAUCUAGUCUGUCUUUGAAUGUCUGAUUGUCCCAGCCCUAUAUAGAUAUUUCUUCAUAACCACAUUCAGAAGGAUUUUUUAAAGUAGUCACUUUCAAUUUUGAUAUUGAAAGCAGUGUUUAUACAAAAUGAUGCUAGUAAUAAUUUUUUGAAAUGAAUGAUCAGAUCAAAGAGCUUGCAAUAAAAAAAUAAACAGAAUCAGAAAUACCUGCUCACUAAAAUGAUAAUGCUGACAUUUUUAAUGCACAGAAUUAUAUUAUGAAGAAUUUGGAAAUGAUGCUGCCUUAUUUCUAAAGAGCACUCCUUUUCACCUACUGAGACUUCACAAUUUUUCCAGUGGAUAGACAUUUAUGUAAUUGAAGACCUUGUGUCUUACAUUAUCAAAGAAGCCUUAGAUCCAGUAUGAUCCAAGAAAUUAUUGGAACCAACCAUUUUAUACAACACACCAAUGUCUAUAAAACAAAGAAUUAUUUCUAAAAGUCCAAAAUGCAUGUAUUUUCUAAAAGCCUGACAGGACCAGGCGUAAAAAAAUCCUUUUAUACUGGUUCAUGUCAUGAAACCUAUUUUUGAAAAAUGACAAUUAUUGAUUUUAUAUUAUCUUAUUUUCUUCCCCAAGCAUCUUAAUAUUUAAGCUCUCAAGGCCCAUAUCAAUUAAAUAAUUUUCCUGACCAAGAUAAAAUCUUAUAUUUUCUGGAUCACUUACAAAGAUUUUGACUUCCUUUACAGCUCUCCUUUCUGUGUUCUUCCCCAUCUUCCUUUCUCCUCUUGUUCACUGUGCACAUUUCAUAAUGAUCAUGGUUAGCUUAUAAUAAAUAAGGAUAACUAUUAAUCAUUUAAUUCAGUUAGGUCAGUUGAUACAACUCAAAAAUGGUGUUCAGUAAAAAAAAUUAACAAAUGCAGCACUGACUUUUAGGGUUGUUUUGCCAUCUCUAGAGAAUAUCCAGAUGAUUAGGACCAUCAGUAAAGAUACUCAAAAGAGCUGCAUCCAUUAUUGAACAAAGAAUAAUGUGACAUGUUUUUCACUUUAAUUCAAAGAAUAGAAGAAUAUUGUCCAAUAAUUUAAAAUAUUUAUCACAUGUACAGCACUCAUAUUUGCAUGAGAAAGAAAACACUAGACAAAACAUUUUUCUAUAAGCUUUACCAGUUUUGUUGUGUGCAUUAAAAUAUUACUUGCAAAAAGUACACUGAGAUGUAAACUCUAGACUAGACAGCUGUUCAGCUUUAUUAUGUAGUAAAAUUAGCUAUCUGAUCAUUUAGCUGCUUGAAGAUAUGUACAUUUUAUGGCAGGUAGCUACAACAGCAUUUACAUAUAUUUUUAGACAAACAAGAUGACUAUAUUAUUUCCAAUUUUUUAAAAGUACUUUAUUUUCAAAACCUCUUAAGUCUUUUAAGUCUUCCAUGUCAUGCUAAUAAAGAGGUCCAUUCAAUCAUUAUAUGUGCACAAAAUCAAUCAUUGUGUCAAAUACUUUUGCUUUCCAUUCUUAACCUGAAGUGAACAAUUUUGGAAAGGAUAUCAUGUAUAACAUUGAAUAAUCCUGUUUAAAUACUUUCUUUAAUUUGCCAUAUCUGUCCCCCUCUGCUUUGUGUAUAUGAAGCAUUUAAUCUCCAAAUGAACAACAGGCCAGUUUUCAAACUUCAGUGAUUUUGUGUAAAAAUGGCAUUAAACUGACCUUAGACAAUGAAAUGAAUCAUUUCUGGAAAAUAUUAUCAUGCACUUAAAAAAAAAAAAAAACAACCAAAGUGCAGACACCUUGUUAUUGCUUAAUUUAAAGAUUUUAUUUUAAAAAGUUAACAUUUCAAUAAGCAGGAAAAAUAAUAAGCACUACAAUGUCUGGGGGCCAUUUUUAACCCAUUGUUUAGAGUUAUAAUAUAUAUUAGAACUUCUACAAUGUCAGCCAGCUGUCUUGUGAUAUAUAUUAUGCAAUGGUUUAAUGUGACAUUGUGGAGUUAAAUGUAGUCCUGACUGAAUAGAAAUAAUGCCAAUUUGCCAAUUCUAAUGUUUGACUUUUAAUGGUUAUAAUAUGACUAUAAAAUAAGAGUAAGCAGUUAACUGUUUAACUCCAAUGCAUAAAAGCAGCACCUAGACAUAUUUAUAAGGGAUUAAUGGUUAUUUGUUAUCUUUAUAAAUUUUUAUUGGGAAAAUACUGAUUGAUAAUAAUUUAGAUUCAUAGACCAUGCUAAUAUGACAAUCUUAAUUACAUGAGCAAGUUAAGAUAUUGCACUUAGACCACAGGGAGACUUUUUUUUAAAAUGUAUGACAAAUUCCCGAGAUAAUUAUUUAUUCUUUUCUAAUAGGUUUGUUUUGUUUUUGCUUUGUUCUUUGUGCAAAAUAUAUUUUUUGGAAUCUAUUAACCUCUUCUUACCUGCAUACUUGAAUUUUGUUGUUGUUGUUGCUGUUGGAGAAUUCAUAAUUCAGGAAUAGGAAGGGAGGGGCAAGGGGUGCAAGAGGGAGAAGGAAAGUUAUACCAAAAGUAGGUUUCCAACUUAAAACCUUAAAAGUGAACAUAUCAUGAAAAUUCAAUUGAAAUCCAGGGUGUAUCAAUCAAGAGUACUUCUAGGCAACCUUAAGCUGCAUGCUAAUAGCAUAUUCUCUUGGUUAUACAAUUUUAUUUUGAUGUCUGCUGAAACUUACAAACAAAAAUGUGUAGCCACUAGAAUAAUUUGAUCUAUAUAUUGCUAUUUAUACUACCUCUUCUCUACAGAAGACAGCCUCUCUUUAAGAUAAAAAAAUCUACCGAUAAGUAGUUGAGAUCUUUAUUAUUGCUAACCUUGCUACAAAGUUAAAUGCAUUUUAUAUGCUUAGUUCUACUGUUUUCCUCUAAAUCUUAAAGCUCCGUUCCAAAUUAGCUUGUUUCAUAUUUCUUUCCUUCCUCCCUAAGGUACCUUGCAUUCAGUAAAAGGUUACCUUUAGAUUCCAGAUCAUCUUGAUAAGCUAGUCCUCAUAGGAAGGGAAGGGAUGAACAUUGAUUAGGUAGCUUACUUUUGUGUAAUUGCUGGACUGCUCCCCUGCAAAAGAAAAGCAUUUGUAGGUCCAAAGUAUUUUUCAUAUUCUAAAUCUUUAUGUUCUGCUUGAUUGCAAUUUCAGAGCUUUCUGGACUUUUUACUGCUCUUGUUAACAUUUAGAGCAUACAUUAACCAUUUACUGUGUAAGGCUUUAUAUAAUCUUGGGGUGCCCAUUUUAUCAAAACACACUACACAUAUACAGAAACUUUCCAGAAUAAAUUAAAUGUUUCUUAGCCUUUUUUAAAUUAGCUUUUGAGUUUCAUGACCAUGUUGCAUAUAGUUCUUUUUUGGUUCCUUGAAUCAUCUUAGGACUCACCUAUGAAUGAUUUAUAAAUGAAAACUCAUGUGUGAUUAAAAUUUGUUUAUUUCUGUUUUUUAUGUUUUAUAAGUAGUAUGAAAACUUUAAAAUGUUAUUAUUAUUGCUAUUGUUAGUAAUCCAGAUAUUUCACUCAGGCUGUAUUUACAUACACAGGCCAAUGUGAUUCUUUUGACUAACUUAAGCAACCAAAAGAGUUGACAAGUCAAUAUAACAAUUGCCAAAUGAUAAUUUAGAAUUUUGUUUUUUAAUGACCUGAGUUCAGUCAAAACAGUAAAAUUGGUUUCUACACACUGACAAAACCAUCUCAUCUUUAAAAUAUGUAAUUAUUUUAGAAAAUUUCCUUCUUUAAUUGGAAUAUUUUUUCUCAAAAAAAAUAUGUCUUACUGCAGCUUUCUAGUUAGUUUCUUUUUGUUGCUUAUUUUACCACAAAUACUUUUUUUAAAAAGGACAUUUUGGUAGUAGAAUAGAAAAUAUAUUGUCAGAUGAACUUGUACAAAGGGCUGUAUACUCUAUUUACAAUGAAAAUCAGUUAAAUAAGAUUGAAUCACAAUAGAUUUUUCUCUGAUUUGGGAGACAUUUACAUAUAUGAAACUUUCCCGUUGCAUCUGUUGACCUACAUGGAAUGGGAAAAUAUAAUAGAAAACUUUUAAAAAUGCAUUUACUAUGAUUAAGGAUACAUUUGGUAGCUCCUUUCUCAAAACUUAGAAAGGGUUAAAGUGAAAUUGGUCAGAGAAACAAGAAGUUGGUCUCUAGCUUUACAAUACUUUGGAAGUGGUCUUGGUCUACUUCAAGCACUUAAAAUUUUCAACUAAUGGCUACUAAAUAUACUUGUUUAGGGCCUAGUCCUGAUAUUUACAUGCCAUUUACACACAAAACUCUUACUGAAAUCAGUCUGAGUUCUGUCUGAAUAAGGGAUGUAUUAGAGAUGCAGGAUCAUUAAUGCUAUAUCGUUGCAUACUAUUUUUCAUAUGCCUUACAAAUAUUUUCUGGGACAUUAUUAAAAGAAAAUCAUUUUAUUGCCAAAAUAAACCUUUGUUGUUACUUCUAAUCUGUAUUAGCACUAGAAAAUCAAGUUAUGUAGCAAAUACUAUAUUGUACAGUACAAAAUUAUAAAAUAUAUAUUUUGCCAAUAAUAUGAAAAUAGAGCAAGGAGAAAGAAGCACAUUUGUUAUAGCACAAAUUUACAACAAAAUCCAUUGUUACAUUUGGCAAUCGUAUUUUUGAAAAAGUAUAUAGAUUUAGUUCUAAAGUUUCAUUGAAUUUACUUCAUUUGCCAUCGUUUGCUGCCUGAUACUUUUCCAGCAAUUAAUUUCAUAGCCUUGCAAUCUGUGGAUGUAAAUGAUUUUAUUCUUUGAAAUCGUAUUCCCUUCUAUGGAAACAUUAUAAUUUAUUUUGUGAUAAGACAGCAUAUAAUAUUCACCAUUCUUAUUUCUUUUCCAUUAAUAAUAAGUUAUAAAUGCAGGUGAGCUCUUAUUUAGUGCUCAUGUGUAUUUUUGGUAUGCUUAAGUAAUUUAACAUUUUCCUAGCCCAAGGUCUGAAUGAUCAAUAAUAAAUCUGUCCCAACAAUGUACUAGUAUUUAGGAUAUUCUUUAAUUUGUCUUGCCUCUCAGUGCAGCUUUAUUUGGAAAAACACAAAUAAAACCUCAUUAGCUAUUUUGAAGAGAAAAGAUAAAAACUUAAAUAAAUACUCAAAGAUAUCACCUUAAAAUAAUAAAAUUAUAUAAAAACUAUUCCCCCAACUAUAGGCCUUGGACUAUUGAUCUCCCAGGCUAUUGCCACAUUUCCUCUUACGGGGUUAAAAAUUAAAUAUAUAUAUUGCCUUUACUAAACCAAAAGAGUUAUAAAUAUUUCUUUUCUUAUUUUAUUUUUAGACUAAUUUAUCUCCUCCUAUUUUUACUUCUAUAGAUAUGUGUAGCAUUCUACAAGGCAUGCUGGGUAAAAUAUACUAUGCAAAUGUGUACAGUGUCGCAUGUUUUGCUUUCCCUCUGCUUUAGUGGCUUUAAAGGAAAAAAAAGUGUUGUUAUUUUUGUGAACAGAAACAUUUAUCAAAGAAAAUGCAGACUGCAUGCUUACAGUAUUCUAAUUUCUAUCGAUUUGUUUUAUGGAAUUUAGAUGUGUACAAAUCAACUGCAUUAAAAAAAAACAAACCUUUCUUUUCUACAAUAAAUGAAAAAGAAAACAUCCAAA